AUGCAUAAUCCUUUUUUUAGUAUGUUUAUAAAAAAUUUAAGUUAUUUUAAAAUGUUUGUUGAAAGAAAAGAGAAAAAUAAAUUAUAUAGUUUCCUUAUCAAUAAAAUUAGUACGAAAAUAACAACAGAGAAAAUGACAAAACCAGAAUUAAGAAUAUAUGAAAUAAAUAACACUUUAAAUAAUUUCAAAAAAGAUAUUCUAAUAAAUGAAAAAGCUACAAAUAUAUGUAAUGCAUUUAAUAAUUAUAUUAAUAUUCCAGAUACUAAUAUACAUAAAGAAUAUAAUAAAAAAAAAAUACUUUAUUUCAAAUGGAAAGCUAGGAAAUCUUAUAAAAAAAGGGUACUUAAUUUACCAUCUACUAAAUCAAGGAGAAGAUACGCACAAAAAAAUAGAUAA